GAGAGAGAGAGAGAGAGAUUGUAGCACAGAGGAAGACUCAGAGGGAGACUGGGGGCCAAAAGGGACAGAGACACAGAGAAAUGAACAACCCAGAGGCAGAGAGAGACACGGGCAGAACUCCAGAGAUGACCCUGGAGAGAUUUAGGGUGACUCAAAGAACAGUGAAACAGGAAAACAGAGAGAAAGCACUGGCCCUAGGCAGCACUAUGUGAUUAGCCCAAGUUCAAGGGAGUGGAGACUGCCUUGAAGCUGAAGCCAGAGCCCAAAAGCGCCAGAGGGAGUUCACUCAUGUCAGCCAGACCCAACCCUUAGCCAGAGCCCCACAAACCAAGACCCUCCCCAAGUCAACCCAAGGAUCAUGGAUGCAGGAGGACCCCACCCCACAGGGGGCUGUCUUCCAGCUGGCAGGAGUCCCUGCCACAGUCAAGGGCACACCCAGAGCUGUGGGGUACACAUCUGCAGCAGCCAGGCCAGCCCACUCACCAGCACAGCUCACCUCCCCUGAGGCACAGUAGCCCCCCAUGGACAGCUUUAGCACCGCGGUGCUGCUGGCGCUCCUGGCACUGGUCUUCCUCUUCCUGACGCUGGGCUCCAGGGGCAAAGGCCGCCUACCCCCUGGCCCCAGGCCGCUCCCUCUGCUCGGGAACCUGCUGCAACUGCGCUCCCAGGACAUGCUGAGCUCCCUCACCAAGCUCAGCAAGGAGUACGGCGCAGUGUACACGGUGCACCUGGGCCCGCGCCGCGUGGUGGUGCUCAGCGGGUACCAGGCGGUGAAGGAGGCCCUUGUGGACCAGGGGGAGGAGUUCAGCGGCCGUGGGGACUAUCCUGUCUUCUUCAACUUCACCAAGGGCAACGGCAUCGCCUUCUCCAAUGGAGAGCGGUGGAAGGCCUUGAGGAAGUUCUCGGUGCAAAUUCUGCGCAACUUCGGGGUAGGGAAGAGAAGCAUAGAGGAGCGGAUCCUGGAGGAAGGCAGCUUCCUCCUGGCGGAGCUUCGGAAAACUAAAGGUGAGCCCUUCGACCCCACGUUUGUGCUGAGCCGCUCAGUGUCCAAUAUCAUUUGCUCCGUGCUCUUCGGCAGCCGCUUCGAGUACGAGGACGAGCGCCUGCUCACCAUCAUCCAACUCAUCAACGACAACUUCCAGAUCAUGAGCAGCCCCUGGGGCGAGAUGUACAACAUCUUCCCAAACCUGCUGGACUGGGUCCCCGGACCACACCGACGCCUCUUCCAGAACUAUGGGCGCAUGAAGGAUCUGAUCGCUGGCAUUGUCCAAGAGCACCAGACCUCUCUGGACCCCAGCUCUCCCCGUGACUUCAUCGACUGCUUCCUCACCAAGAUAGCACAGGAGAAGCAGGACCCACUGAGCCACUUCUUCAUGGAUACCCUGCUGAUAACCACACACAACCUGCUCUUCGGUGGCACCGAGACUGUGGGCACCACGCUGCGCCACACCUUCCUGGUGCUCAUGAAGUACCCCAAAGUGCAAGCCCGUGUGCAGGAAGAGAUAGACCGCGUGGUGGGCCGUGCACGCCUGCCCUGCAUGGAGGACCGCAAGGCCAUGCCCUACACCGACGCGGUCAUCCACGAGGUGCAGCGCUUCGCCGAUGUCAUCCCCAUGAACCUGCCGCACCGCGUCAUCCGUGACACCAACUUCCGCGGCUUCCUGCUCCCCAAGGGUACAGAUAUCAUCACCCUCCUCAACACAGUCCACUAUGACCCCAGCCAGUUCCUGACACCCCAAGAGUUCAACCCUGGACAUUUCCUGGAUGACAAUCAGUCCUUCAAAAAGAGCCCUGCCUUCAUGCCCUUCUCUGCAGGACGCCGCCUGUGCCUGGGCGAGUCGCUGGCGCGCAUGGAGCUCUUCCUCUACCUCACCGCCAUCCUGCAGAGCUUCUCGCUGCAGCCGCAGGGGGCACCCGAGGACAUCGACCUGACCCCGCUCAGCUCCGGCCUGGGCAACCUGCCUCGGCCUUUCCAGCUGACCCUGCGCGCUCGCUGACCCGCCCCCAACCACCUCCGCGGGGGUCAUCCUACCCACCUCCCACCCUCCCUCCUCUGCUCGCACUGCCAUCAUCAGCCCUCCCGCUGCCACACUCGCACCCCCUCUCCGGGUGCCUGCCCCAUGCCCGUCCCCCAGGGUACCCCCCAGAGUCAGAGAAAGGGGUGGGGAAUGGGGCAGAGUAUCUGUGCCUUGAUUCACCCAAGAACUUGGGGAGAAGGGGUGGCUGGGAAGGAGGGUCUUUUGUAUCAUGUCCUAAUAAAUAUAAUUGAAUUGGAA